AUGUUGGGCAUACAGAUAUUUUUUAUUGUUCUUCUUGUGGGCCUUCUGAUUCUGCACUUCCUGAAACAGCUCUGGUCACGCAGACGCUACCCUCCUGGGCCUCUUCCACUUCCUGCCAUUGGAAGCAUAUGGUGGACCGGGAUCAGGCUUUAUCAAGAUAUUCUCAUUAAGUCGACAAAGCAAAAUGGAAACACCGAGCGACCUGUGACGCCUUUCCUUAAAUCUGUAAAAAAUGAAAAGGAUCUUGUAUUUUCAAACGGACCCAUCUGGAAGCAGCAGAGACAGAUUGGACAACUUACUGUGAGGAAGCUGAAAGCAAGGAAGCAAGGCUUGGAACACCAAAUACAAGAGGAGGCCCAUCAGCUUGUGGGGACUUUUGCACAUGUGAAAGGGCAGCCACUUGACCCCUUGUUAUCCAUCACUAAUUCAGUGUGCAAUGUGGUGUGCGCUGUGGUUUUUGGACAUCGGUAUUCUGUUGAAGACAAAAACUUCUGGAAACUGACUGAAGCUAUUGAUUUUGCCUUCAAAUGUGGAGGUAGCUUCAUUUUUACUCUGUAUGAAAUGUUCCCAUGGGUUAUGAAACGACUUCCAGGGCCACACAAGAAGGCAUUGUCCUCUAGGGACUUUGUGCUUUCAUUUGCAAAAGACGAGAUAAAGAAGCAUAAGGAGCAUUAUUCCCGGCGUGAGCCCCAGGAUUUCACUGAUUUCUAUCUACUUCAGAUGAAGAAAGUAAAAAGUAAAAGUGACCUUAAUUCUACCUAUAAUGAAGAGAACCUGGCUCAGUGUAUUCUUGACCUCUUUAUCACAGGAGCAGAGACAACAGCUACUACUCUGCAAUGGGCACUGCUCCUCAUGGCGACUCAUCCAGAUAUCCAAGAUAAGGUCCACAAGGAGAUGGAAGAUGUUUUGGAUGCCUCACACUUAGUCUGCUAUCAAGAUUGGAAGAAGCUGCCAUUCACCAGUGCUGUGAUUCAUGAGAUCCAACGUGCCAAAUAUGCCUUCUUAUUCAGAAUCAUCAGACAAUGUGCAAAGGAUGUAGACAUCCUUCGCUUUCUCAUUCCCAAGGGAAGUUUUAUUAACCCAGAUCUGCACUCUGUUCUUGAUCCCAAACAAUGGAAGACUCCUGAAAAAUUCAACCCAAAUAAUUUUUUAGACGAAGAUGGGAAUUUUGUGGCUGGGGAAGAAUUUCUGAUGUUUGGUGCAGUAGAUUGUGGGUGCUUGGAGGAGCAGCUGGCAAGAAUGGAACUCUUCAUUUUCUUCACCAGUCUGCUGCGAGUGUUCAACUUCCAGCUGCCAGAAGGGGUGAAAAAAUUCAGCCAACAGCAUAGGGUGGGGCUAACAAUAUAUCCUCAUUCCUAUAAAGUCUGUGCUGUUCCCCGUAGCAAGGCAUCCUAAACUGUCAACACAGUUAAAGUGCUCUGUUCAUUACCAUAAAUAUAUCCCUCAUUCCUCCUCAGUUAAUUCCACAUUAUAUCUUGAUUUGCUCAGUUCACUCUAUCAGAAUUCAACCCACUUGCCUAAUAUAAUUCUUCCUUGUUUGCGAUUAAC